AUGAGUGCCGUAAAUCCUGAGUUGAGGAGGCGGGUGAUUACCAUUUACAAAGAACUCCUUUUCCUUGGACGCGAGUAUCCCCUCGGUUAUGAAUACUUCCGCCCACGCCUACACCGGGCCUUCAGCGCCAACGCGGGGCUGAGAGACGAGGAGGCGAUUGAGAAGGGCAUCCAGAGAGCCGAGUUUGUGAAGAAGGGUAGGUCAUGCUCCGUUCGUCUUGUGUUUUCACAUUCGGCACUGUCCUUCUUUUGUCCCGUCUGUCGCCUCGCGUCUUUUCUUCUACCGGGCCGUCUAGGUCAUGACUUCCACUACCUUCAAAGCGCCUGUGGAGUAUGGUUGAGUUGUCAAGUGACAUCAAGGCAAGUCAUGCCGUAUUUGCUCUCCGGGGUAGUUUUUGCUGGUGCUUUGCCUGGGGACACUACAAUCCCCUUUCCUCGUUUCCAUCUUCUUGGAGCACGGGGUGAAGCAACCUCGCAUGUCGACGGUGUUCUUUCAAGACUCUUACCUUCGAAGCCCGACCCCGAUGGCUGUUGUUCAAUAAUCUCUUAUUCGUCUCUUCUGCGCUCUCGGCCAGAUGAAGUUGUGCUCUUCGCUUAG